UUUUAUUUUUCUUUCUUUCUUUUCAGGUAAAGUUAGUUGCAAAUUCAAAAUUUCUACCAUUAUGCAGGCAGAACUGCUGAAAAGCAAUGCAGUGACCCCUGCCUGGCUUGAAGUUGAACUUGAUGCCGGAAGCAAAAGUCAAGUGCUAUUUUCAAGGAUAAAACAACUGCGGCUGUGCCAGUGUGGAUGAAGAAUGCAGACGAUCAAGUGUGUGGUGGUGGGGGAUGGCGCUGUUGGGAAGACCUGUCUUCUGAUCUCCUACACGACUAAUGCCUUCCCAGAGGAGUACAUCCCCACUGUCUUUGAUAACUACAGUGCGCAAAAUGCAGUGGAUGGGCGCACGGUCAGUUUAAACCUGUGGGACACAGCAGGCCAGGAGGAAUACGACCGGUUGCGUACGCUCUCGUAUCCGCAAACCAAUGUCUUCAUCAUCUGUUUCUCCAUCGGGAGUCCCUCCUCACACGCGAAUGUGCGACACAAGUGGCACCCCGAAGUCUCGCACCACUGCCCCAAUGUGCCCAUCCUGCUAGUAGGGACCAAGAAGGAUCUGAGGAAUGAUGGUGAGACCAUCAAGAAGCUGAAGGAACAGGGCCUGGGGCCGACGACACCACAGCAGGGGAACUCGCUGGCCAAGCAGAUUGGGGCAGUGAAGUACAUGGAGUGCUCAGCCCUGCUGCAGGAAGGGGUGCGCGAGGUGUUUGCGGAAGCUGUGCGUGCAGUGCUGUAUCCCGUUAUUAAGAAGAACACCAAGAAGUGUGUGGUGUUAUAGUGCGCAGGGCUGAAAGAGCUGGGGGACUGCAUUGCGAACUAUGUCCCAGUGUGUGCCCACAAUCCAGUUUAUAUAGUUCCAGGUUCAGUAGCUAUUUUCCAUCUUCUCCUAUUUCCCAUCUUUCUUUCUCUCUCGAAAAAGGAUGUAGCUGCACUGAGCUUGCUACCCAGCUGGAGAACGCUUCCAAUUGCAAUUUUUUUUUAAAUGUUUAUUUUUCUUUUAUAAAUUGUCAGUCCAAGGAGUGUCCACCUUAUUGAGGUGGAUUAGUUUUGCCAAAAACCUGCACCUUCCCCUGCGAGGCUUCUGACUUUGCAACAUUCUUUCAUUAUGUUGCUGCCUACCAAGCAGCUGGCUUAUCAGAGGGUUAAAAGGAUGGGGUAAUUGGGUUCAUGUGGAACUGACCAGGAAGGGUGAUGCUUGGGUGGGGGUAAGGAUUGUAUUUGUGGGUUCUAAUUGACAACAACGGUAAAAUGUGUACAAUGUGAUCAGUGCCUUAAGUUGGGAUUUUAAAGCCCAAUUAUAACCAUGAAACAAAAACAUACUUAAUUUACACACUUGUUUUCAAAUAGCCAAGUUUUGUUUUAUGCAACUGACCCUUUUUUGUCACACUAAAAUAGCAUGGCUAGUUUAAACUGAGCCUGUUAGGAAAAAUUAAGAUGCAAGUGUCCUCCCCACAACCCAGUCCAACACAGCCCUUCCCCUCCCUCUUCAUAGCAACAAUGUUCCUGCUUCCAUCGUUAUUGCACCAACAUACAUUUUCUUCUUGAUUUAAAGCCCUGUUGUCCACAUGGAAAAUAACCUAAUACAUGUGUUGCAUAUCUCUUGCAAUUGUAUCUAAUUGUUUAAACCAUAAUGCUUUUGGACAGAUGCACUGUCUUGGUCUGGGUUGUACACAACUAAAUUACAUUUUGUUUUAAAAAAAACACAUCUGGAUUCAUUUAAUCUUGAAUGAAACAAAAAUCAUUUUACCUUUUCUAAAUUCUAAUGAUGCUUUAUAAUGAAGAAUUUCAAUGUUUCUUGAACCUCAGGGCGAGACUGAUUAGGUGUAACAUAUUCAUUAUUAUGGUGACUGACAGCAUUGCUUACAAGAGGGCUGAUAGCUGCCCAGUGCUGUUGAGACUAGUAGUGUUUCCCUUCAUUGAAUGAACGAGUGUGUGCGUGUAAUUAACAUUAAGGUAGCCAUCUCUUUCAUGGUAUUAUCUAAAACAUAUUCUGAUCCAAUUAGAAUCUACAAAGGUCACAACUCCAGGUACAAUGGAUCAAUUUCCUAAACAAACUUGACAACCACUGCUGCACGCUUUCCUGUUUACUGAACAGUCUUUAUCUUAUUUGUCACUGUGGCACAGACCCAGGGUCCUAUGCUAGCAGUUUGUUCUUGCACCAUAAAAACAGCUUUACAUAUUGUACAUUGUAUGCUGCUGUAAAGGGAAAACAUAUGUCAGUGCCUAGUUACUGUGUUGUCUUAUUUACAGUAGAGAAUGUUGGCGUGUUUGGUCUGUGUGUGUGCAAGGUAGUUCAUUAGAAGGGUGAGAACUCUGCUUUAAAUAAUUGCCACAGUGUAAUUGUGGCAGGUGAGGGCUUGAUGUAUAUUGCAGUGGUUUCCAUCUGUUGCUUUAAAAAAAACAGUGCAGUUCAGCUGUCCCAGUUGUGGCUUUGUCAAACAUUUUAAAUGAGUCCUAGUUUAACCCUUAAAGGUGUAACAACAAAGACUUAAAUAACAUCUUUCGAUUGCCAUACUUCUGUGCAGACUCGACUGAAAGGUGAUACUUUAUUGGAAACGCUUCCUUUGCAGGAGGUAUAAGGGCCUGACCUGUACCUCACAUUUUAUGCAGGACGUGGGACUAGUCAAUAGGGGACCCUUGUAUCUACUGGAAAGUGUGUGUGCUUUUAUUAAAUGUAUCAUGUUUUAUCAGAAUAAUCUGCUGCCUCCAAUGUACAAGGCAUGGAAUAAAAAGCACUUCAAAGAUCUAAUCCAAAAUAUAGGUGGGGCAUCGUUUGCUUAAUUGUUGUUUAAAACUGAAAAAAAAAAAAGAAAACCUUUUGAGGUACCCUAGACAUUUGACCAGUGUUCAGUAACAAAAUCCUAUAUGCAGAGAAUGUUCUGCUCUUGCGCUCCAUCCCAUCCAACCUUUGUAUAGGGGUGAGUGAUGGGUCUGACUGGUUACCUGACUGUCCAGGUGCCUGAUGAGUCAUGAUGCCCUGUGGGAAAACCGUUUCAGGUAUCGCGUCACAAACAUCUGUUAUUUCCCAUAAUGGCUAAGCAGUAAUCAUUUAUGGGUGCUAAGCUAUUCAACUAUGUAAGACAAUACACAGUGGUGUCUGCAUAACACAACCAUGUGAUUUUUUUUGAAAACGUAAGUGUAUUAUUUUAAAUUCCUUUGUAGGGUUCUCCAACUGACAUCGCAUGGUACAACACUACAUUUACUGCUAAUGUCAGGGAUUCUGUUUACUAUACGGAGCAUCAAAAUAAAUUUAUCACUAUUAUAACACAUUUAUUUUCGAAAAAAAAUAAGGUAUAUAAAUGAUGGACAUUGACUAAAUGUUUUA